CGAACGCAUUCACUUAGAAAAUGGCAUUGUGACUGGCACCGGAACACACUUCGGGUCGCAAAUCGAGGUGCAGUGUGAUAUUGGGUAUGAUCUCCGUGGUGACAAAAUACUAGUAUGUCAAACCAAUGGUCAAUGGAGUGGCAACCCAACAUGCAUUAUAAAAGAUUGUGGGAACAUCACAUUGCCAGCCAACAUGAGGAUCUUAACUAGUCCUAUAGUAACAACGUUUAAUUCCUUACUGCGAUUUAAAUGUCAUGAAGAUUAUCUACUAAACGAAAAUGACGCAAUGCGGUGUGACGCAACAGGUGCUUGGAACAGUUCUGUUCCGACAUGCAUCCAGAAAUCGGACAUUGGUGGACCCUGUGUUGAUGCUAGAAUGUGUAGGAUACAAAGCGCAAUUUGUGAGGAUAAAAAGUGUAUAUGCAUGUCUGGGGUGGUAGACAGAAGAACACAAAAGUGUGAUAUAAUGCCAUUGCUCCCGUUUGGAGAAGACGAAGGAGAUAUGGUUAUGAAUCAACCUGAUUGCAGCGAGCCUAUUGUUUUUUCACCUGCGAUACCAGUUUUCAACACAAUGAGACGGUCCAUGCAUGUAUGUAGAUGUGGACUCGUAAGUUUUGACAAGAAAUAUACAAAUAACAAACCAGUUCCAACGGGUGAAGCAAAAUAUGACAUCAUAGAACCGACAAUUGAUAUCAAUGACCCGGUUGUUGCAGCAUAUUUCUCAGAUAUCUUCGUUGACAAUUCCUCAUUAAUUACAUACAGGGCGUACAAUAUUCUAAACAGCUAUCCAUUCACAACCAGGGCAAUGAAAGACAUUACAUUCCUUGAAAGUUUAAUCAAACGCGUGGAAAAUCUUCCUUCAUUUGAAGUCAGUUUCGUUUUCAUUGCAACAUGGAGUAGUGUGAAACCAAAAGCGUCUGCAUUUAAUCGCAUCAACGGAGCAACGUUCCAACUGGCCAUUAUUUCAAAUGGUGUUCGGACCUAUUCCGUAACAAUAUACGGACAUGAAUUGAUGAACUGGGCUCUAAAUUCGAGAGGAAAAACUAAGACGAUUUCGUUGUGGAUCGGUCACGCCGGAGAGAAUGGUACUAUCUUCAACCACUUGCUCUCAUUCAAAACACCUGCACUUCGGAUGGAUUUAGGAUCUAAAUCAGGAGGAAUCAGUGGUCUUUUGUUGAAAAAUAUCGAUGCAAACGACACUUCAUUUAGCAAUCACGGUGUUGAUUGUAUAAAGUGGUACAACAAAAACAGCAACAUGAAGCAAAAUAUCCAUUUCUACUCACAACGUAUGCCUAUGUGCCCAUGUGCCAUCCAACUAGCCCGAUGGGACCCGUGGUUUUGGCACAUCCGGACCAAACUGCGUCAGCAAAUUAGCAACAAUAUUGUGUGCGUUGACAUGAUGCUAAUUGAAACUGUCAAGCCACAUGGAAAGUCGUGCUGCUAUUACCGUUCGACAUUAACAUUUGUGGAAAUGCAACCUCUUUCUGGCGGAUUUUACUUCGCACAUCCGUCAUACUCACUACGUGAUCACGAGUUUAAUGACGUCACCAUGAAGGACAAAUGCUGCGCGAAAUCAGACUACUGCGAUCUCUAUUACCAACUGCAUCCUACAGGCACAUGCUACACCGAGUCUCCGUACAGAUUUGGUUCCUUCUGGGGUGAUCCGCACAUGCGCACAUUAGACGGGAUGAACUACACAUUCAACGGACUCGGAGAAUACGUGUUGCUCAGCGUUGAGACGUCAAAUGUCACAUUUUCCCUGCACGCCAGGACUGAGAGGGCAGUGAAUGAACAUGGAAACCUGUCCGACGCUACAAUUUUCACGGCGUUUGCAGCUAGAGAUAAUACAAAUUCGUCAAUACACGUUGAACUUAAUGGGGCUAAGAACAAUGUGACCUUGUACGGGAAUGGCAUUGACCUUACCAAGAGUCUUUGGGAAGAACAAAACGAUAUGUUUGUGUUUAAUACGUCCACACUCACAAUUCAUGAAGAUGACGGGGUUUUGAGAGUGUCAUUUCUUGGAAUAGGUACAGUUAUUUCAAACAGGGCAAAGUUUUAUAUCGAAACUACCGGUACUUUGCAAUUUUCUUUAAAAAGGGGUUAG